CUCCGGGUCCUGCGGCAGCGGUGGCACCGCUACAAAUACCGGUUCGUGCCCUGGAUCGCACUCAACCUGAGCCAGAACCGGAGAUGAGGAAACUGAGGCCCAGGGAAGCUUAGUGACUUGAUGGGAGGUCUGGCGAAUAAAGUGGCCGAGCCUGGAUUAGAACCUGUAUCGAGUUCUGUGUUUUUGUACUGCUCCGAUGCCUCCUCUAGACCCCUCCAGGACCUUGAGAUAUGUUCCAGAGGACUCCAAAGACAAAAUUAUUCCAGACGAAGAUGUCCUAGGAACAUUACUGAAAGUUUUUCAGGCUCUGUUUAUAAGUAAUUUCAGCAGACAAACAGACAUCCUUCUCUUGCUUCCAGAAGCCAUUAAAUCAAAAUAUCGGGAUUUAUUGGUCACUCAUCAAAGGACGGAACAGCCCAGAUACAACACUCAGCAACAAAAGAUCUACAAGCCUGGAGAAGUUCUCUUUAAUACAUUGGGCUUCAGUAUUUCCCGAGAAACUAGUUCAUUGAUUUCUGCUGGAAAAGGAGUCUUUGUUACCAAAGGAUUUGUGCCGAAAGGAACAGUUGUGUCUAUGUAUCCUGGUACAGUAUAUCAGAAGCAUGAGCCAAUUUUUUUCCAGUCCAUUGGAAAUCCAUUCAUUUUUAGAUGCCUAGAUGGGAUGCUUAUUGAUGGAAAUGAUAAAGGAAUAUCAAAAGUUGUGUACAGGUCAUGCAAUGGGAGGGACCAACUUGGCCCUUUUAAAAUGAGUGAUAGUACAUGGCUGACGUCAGAGGUACAAAAUCCACUGGCUGUGGGACAGUAUGUUAACAAUUGCUCCAAUGACAAAGAAGCUAAUGUCUGCUAUCAGGAAUUUGAUGUGCCCGAACUUUUCCCAUUAGAAUUUAAGCAGUAUCUUCCAAAUAUCAUGUACAGUCAUGACACACAAAGCCCAUUGCGAUGUGUGGUUCUCGUGGCACUCAGGGACAUCCAGCAAGGAGAAGAGCUUUUCUCUAACUACUACACGAUUAUCAACUAACUUGACAGAAUCGGUUUUUCUGCUUAACUAUUCAUUUGGCUCAAGAGAGCUUUCUCAGUGAAUUUCUCUGGGUUAUGUGUGGUGGAGAUUUGCCCUUUGAGAUCUAAUUAGAUUGGGGAUUUUCGUCUUCAUGUAAAUAUUGCUUUUAUAUUUUGAUGCAGUGAUGGAAGCUGUUUGCUUCAGUGACUUUUAAAAUUUGUCUUACUGUUUCAAGUUAAAUUGCUUUUCACCCAAAUGCAGGAUAACUUAUUAAAUUAAAAUCAGCUUCCUGAACAUA